AUGCGUAUUCCCAGAGCAUCUCGCCUCACCUCUCCGCCGCGAUAUGUAAUCGCGGCAGUCAUUGCCUCCACGGGCGGUGUUCUCAAUGGUCUCGAUACGGGUGUGAUCGACCCUAUCACUACCAUGUCAUCGUUUACAGAUGAAUUUGGGCAUCCAUCGCCUGCAAUUCACGGCAUGAUUGUUUCUUCAAUCUUGCUCUCAAUGGCAAUAACUUCCCUGUUCGCUGGUUCUAUUUCUGAUAACCUAGGAAGAACUCGCGCAAUAGCACUAGGAGCCCUGCUCUAUGCAAUUGGCGCUACUAUUGAAGCUGGUGCCAGAAUCCUAGGGGUCUUCCUAUUCGGACGGCUUGUUGCUGGAGUCGGGGAAGGAUUCUUCCUGAGCACCUUAGUCGUCUACAUUUGCGAGAUCUCCGCCGCCAACCAUCGCGGGCUUCUCGCCUCACUCAUACAGUUCUUCAUUACCUCUGGCCUUGUGAUGGGCUAUUUUUCAUGUUAUGGCACUGUUAGCAUCCAGUCCAGCUUUUCGUGGCGAUUCCCGGUCGCCAUGCAGUCUGGAAUCGCACUGUUCCUGACAGUGGCCUCGCUUUUCUAUCUCCCAGAAUCACCGCGGUGGCUUUUUCAUCACGGUCAUGGAGCCGCCGUGGAAGCGGCUUGUAUCAGACUUGGCAUCUCUAUCAUUGAAACUGAUAAUCUAGUAGAACGGGAAGAACAUUCGCAUGGGCACCGAAAUGAGGAAGAGUCGUCAACACUUGGUGCACGGCUGAGAAAGAAUUACAAGCAUAGUAUCCACAAUUUAAGGCUAGUCUGGGUCCUGGAUCACGGAAGCAGGCGCUUCUGGCAUGCCCCUCUACUUUUUAAGCAAGCCGGAUUAUCCUCAUCGACAGCUUCCUUUCUGGCUUCAGGAGUACCCGCUAUCCUCCUCUGUCUUGCUUCUGUCCCCGGCUCUCUCUACGCUGACAAAAUAGGGCGGCGUGCGUCCGCAUUGUAUGGGGGAUCCAUUCUCGCGGCCAUCAUGGCUUUAAUUGGUAGCCUUACGCUUCAAAUAGCGUUCACGCGGUUUCAGGCGCCGGCAGAUGGGUCGUUAUCGUCUCGAUAUAUCUAUUCUCAAUAA